ACCGGCCUGGUGCGGGGUUCAGCUUACGUGGGACGCUGCAGAGGCCGUUUGCACUGCUUUCUUUCUCCUCCGCUCGAAUGGCGUGUAGACAAACCAAGGGGAGUGCAAUCUUAGCCUAUUUGGGACUUCUUGUGUUUGUGACGUCACCGUGCCGCUGUGCAAAACUUACGAGGCUUAAGGCGUUGGAUGAAUCUAGAGAAUCCCCAGUGCACACAAAAAGCCGCCCUGACAGAGGUCCUCUGCACAAUGGAAGACUCUUAAUUAUGCAAAACUCCCUGAAAGACGCUAAGCUAAACGGAACCAACGCCACAGAACCGGUAUAUGACGUUGAAGCUGAUUACCAGGCAGACAUGGGCUGGCAGACCAAACAACUAACUGGAAAAACCGACUGGCAAAAGAAGGCGAUGGAAAGCCUCCUUAAAAUGGAGUCGAAGGUGGAGUGCAUGCAAGACUCCAUGAAGCUCCUUGUUCACGAUGCUGCUUCAACCCCUGCAUCGCUCAUCUUUGUGGACAGGGGUAAUUUAUCUCCUCUGUCUUUGACAAAGUUGCCCUCAAGCUGUGGCUACACCAUCAGGUCAACCCAGAAAGACUUGGUCUUGAUGGCACCUUAUAAUGGGUGCUUCAUCGUUUUUCAGGAGAACUACUAUGUGCUUCCGUUGCUCUGGUGGGGCCUACCUGUGAAAAUGACAUGUCCUUUAAUGGAACACGUGUCUCAAAACCCUCCAAUGGUUACUUGUCAUGCUGAGGGCAUGAUUGUGAAAACUGAAUGGACUACCUCUGCUUCAAAAAUCAAAGUAAAUGUAAAUGGAAACUGGGAAUCCCUGUUGACUGCUGCACAGCGCUGUGUAUUUGGCAUAGUUGAACAUCCUGAAGGUGUCGUUAUCUCUGUACACUAUGCACCUUGCUUGGUGAAAAAGGAUGGAAUGUACACCCUUGAGUUGGCUGCAGAUGCAGAAACAAAGGUUUCAUGUCCGCCAUUGUCGGCAGCUCCACACAAACUGACGGAGAGCCAAGUAAAGGGCUCUGGGCAGGAAAGUGACAUUCCAGGCAAAUGGGAAAAUCAUUUUCCUACACCAUAUCCAUCUUUAACAUUUCCUCCUGCUCAAACGGCCUCCCAGGUUCCGGCUUCUUCUCAGACCCCAAAGGUACCCAGCAAGCCAAAUUUGGGUUCAAAACCCAAACUAUUUCCUUACUUUUCGGGUUUUCCUGAUGCUUACCUUCAAAGUCCGGACAUUUCACCAACUAAGCCUCCACAGACCCCUACAUCUGCAUUUCCCUUUUAUCCUCAUCCACUCUAUCCCCAAUUCCUUCAUCCUGUAAUGCCAGAAAUGAUGCAACCAGAGAUCAAAUCACCUUUUUAUGAAUUGGAUGACAAUCAGAUGCCAAAUAAAUUUAGGCUACCACUUUACCAGAAACCAGAGCCACCUUCAAGCUACCCUGAGGCUCAAGAAGAUAAAUUCAAUAUUUUUCAUGACACAAAGGUUUUAUCCCAGCUCGCCAAUUCAUAUCUGUAUCUUGAGAGGUUAUCUGAGAAACCUGGGCAGUCUCAUCCUAUAAUGUCAGAGAAAGGUCAAACUGCACACAUGCCAUUCCGUUUAAUCUGCACUCGGCAGAUGGCAGCCUCAAAACCAUCUGGACUUUCUCAGUCUUCAUGGUAUGACAUGUUUAAAGGUGAAGUGCACCAGCUAUUUGCACUUGUGUGCACCCAGGUCGAACUAACCUUAAAACCUGGAGAUGUUUUACAGCCACCGUACCCUGAAACUCCAAAGGGCCAGGUACAUGGGCCUUUCUAUCUAUUGUGUGCCUUGCAGACACCAAAGCUGCGUCAUUCGAAAACUUCUCAAGGCUAUGUAUACCACUCAUUCUACGUCUUAUGCAUCCAGCACAAACAAAGCUCAAAGCCUGCUGAAGUUGCUUGGGCACAAGAAUCUCCCAAGGGCCAUCUAUACCAGGCUUUCUACCCUUUUCUAUUUUCUAAAAAAUCCAUUGGAGAUACUGAGCCCCUACAGUCUGUAACUCAACCCCAGGUAUACCCACAUUUAGUUCCCUUCUAUCACCAACCCAAACCAACCCAGAAACCUGCUGUAACUCAACCACCACCACAAGCAACUCCUCAACCCCAAGUUUACCCACAGUUUCCCUUCUAUCCCCACCCUUCUUUCCCAACCCAGAAACCUGCUGUAACUCUGCCACUGCAACAAGCAACACCUCAACCCCAGGUAUACCCACAGUUUCAUUUCUAUCCCCAACAAAAACCAACCCAGAAACCUGCAACUCAUCCACCACAAGCAACUCCUCAACCCCAGGUAUACCCACAGUUUCAUUUCUAUCCCCAACAAAAACCAACCCAGAAACCUGCAACUCAUCCACUACAAGAAACUCCUCAACCACAGGUAUACCCACAGUUCUUUCCCUUCUAUUCCCAACAAAAACCAGCCCAGAAACCUGCUUUAACUCAACCACCACAAGCAACUCCUCAACUCCAAGUUUACCCACAGUUUCCCUUCUAUCCCCACCCAUCUUUCCCAACCCAGAAACCUGCCGUAACUCGACCACUGCAACAAGCAACUCCUCAACCCCAGGUAUACCCAAAGUUUAAUUUCUAUCCCCACCCAAAACCAACCCAGAAACCUGCAACUCAUCCACCACAAGAAACUCCUCAACCACAGGUGUACCCACAGUUCUUUCCCUUCUAUUCCCAACAAAAACCAGGCCAGAAUCCUGCUGUAACUCAACCACCACCACCACAAGCAACUCCUCAACCCCAGGUAUACCCAAAGUUUAAUUUCUAUCCCCACCCAAAACCAACCCAGAAACCUGCAACUCAUCCACCACAAGAAACUCCUCAACCACAGGUAUACCCACAGUUCUUUCCCUUCUAUUCCCAACAAAAACCAGGCCAGAAUCCUGCUGUAACUCAACCACCACCACCACCACAAGCAACUCCUCAACCCCAGGUAUACCCACAGUUUAAUUUCUAUCCCCACCCAAAACCAACCCAGAAACCUGCUGUAACUCAGCCACCACAACAAGCAACCCCUCAACCCCAAGUAUACCCACAUUUGUUUCCUUUUUAUCCCCAACAAAAAACAACUCAGAUGCCUGCAACUCAUCCACCACAAACUCCUCAACCACAGGUAUACCCACGUUUGUUUAAUUUUUAUUCCCAACAAAAACCAAACCAGAAACCUGCUGUAACUCUUCCACCACAAAAAGAAACUCCUCAACCCCAGGUAGACCCACAGUUGUUACCCUUCUAUUCCCAACAAAAACAAACCCAGAGACCUAUAACUCGGAAACCACAGCCAGCUACACAACAGGCCCAAGUAUACCCACCGUUCUUCUACUUCUAUACUCAGCCAACUGUGGUUAAACUUACUGUUACUCAAUCUCCACAGCCUGCAACCUCUCAGAGUAAAGUUUACAUGCAUUUUUCUGACUUUAACCCCAAAGUAAAGCCAGCUUCAAAUCCCGUUCCUGUUACUCUGCCCCAGCAGCUACAGCUUUCUAAGGGCCAAGCAUUCCAGCCAUUCUACAAUUACUACCUACAAACUCAACCAAAGACAACUUCAAGUCCCACAGCUGAACCUCAGACACUGCAGCCAAAAGACCCUAUGGGACAGGAACGACAACAGAUGUGCUUUUAUUCUCAGCUGUUGCCAGAAAAUCGGCUAGCAAACAUCCCAACUAAAACUGCUGAGGGACAUGUAUAUGGACCAUGUCAACAAUCUAAGCAGCCAGAUGUUGAAAUGAGUGAAACGGUGUCUAUGGGAAAUCACCAAUAUUCACAGCCUGCUAUUGCCAGCUCUCCACAAGGUCAGAUUAAAUACCCUUUCAACAGUUUCCACUAUUCGCAGCACCCACAGUCUGCAUAUUUGUCAUCUACUUCUAUGCAACAACCACGUUCUGUAGCAAAUGAGCAGAAAAUGAACUCUUUCACAUCAACACAUGCCCACCCUGUGUACUGCCCACAAUACUGUCCUUCUGGACUAUCCAAUUGCUGCCUAGAAAUAGCUUUUCAUCAGCAUCUUCACAUUUCUGCCCCAGGUGACAUUAAAGCUGAACCUCAGUUUUAUACAAAUUUCUCACUGCUGCCUUAUUCUGACUUUAGCCAAGGCUUGGAAACUGCUGAAAUUUCUCAAAAGCUUUCAGCAGUUCUGCAGGCUGUAAGAAGCGGUGCUGCAACAAAAUUUUCUCCUAGGGCACCUCAAAGUCCUUAUGGAAACAAAUACUUUUUCAAUCCACCAGAUGGCAUUCUGUCCUCACGGAGGAGUAGUCGCAGCAUGACAGCAAAUCAAAAACCUGUUUACCCUCAUUUUGGAAACAAAUCUCUAAAUCCCCUGUGGGAUCAUGUAGCACAAAAUGUAGAGCUACAAGGUUUAGAGCAAGGCAAAUCUGAAUCUCCCAAUGACUCCUCUAAACCAUGGGCUUCAGAUAAUGAACAAGGCACAUCAGUUGUACACUAUGAACCUUUUAACGUUCGGUUUUCUGACCCAUCCAUCCAUUCUAGGCCCAGUUUCAUGUCUCAUCUUUCCCAACAUGGUCUACAUAUAGCAGAGCAGCCCAAUAAGCCUGCUCUUGAGCGACAUUCAACACAUCAUGACUUUAAACGUGCAAUUGACAGGUCUUUCUCUACUUUCUACAUGCCUGGAGAUUCUUCUGUGUCUAAUAACACUGUAAGCCUUAAUGGAUCUAAAGAACAGCCAUCUAAGACAGGUCCAAAGAAUCCUAGUAAACUCCAAAAAGCUCAAAAUUUGCAUUCUGGUGGUUUUGUAUUAUUACAGCAUGGCCCACCAGGAAGGGAGCCCAGUCGUUUUAGUGAUUCUCAAAUGUCUUUUGACGAGUUGUCUCACGGCGCAAACUCAAAAACCCUAAAACUCUUAAGGCAACAUGCUGAUCCUCAAACCUUGGAGUCCAUGCUGGAAGAAAAGGAAAAAAGGCUGGAAGAAGUGUCUACUUAUCCACCUGGCGACACCAAUCUGCAGAGGAAUGGUUACACAUCAGGUUCGUUUAUCCCAAAGUCGGAUGACUCUAAACCUGCGAGUGUGCUCCCUAAACAAUCUUUCAGUGCUGAACAAUUAAGGCCUGAAAUUCUAAAGUCAUUUGAAAGCCUCUGGAAAUCCCAGACACCUUCAGACUUCAAGCAGUUUCUAGCCAAUGUGCCAGUGAAGACUGAAGAGCUCCAUGUUGGAUCAACUAACCAAGAAAAUGGACAAGCUUCUUCAGAUGGACAUGGAUUCAAAAGAGAAAUGAGUUUUCUUCAAUAAAAAAUAAACUACUUGUUUUUCAUAUUUGUAUUGGGA